AUGGCUUUUUGCUUUGUGCUAACCCCAGCUUUUUCAAUGAACUCCCCAGAUAUUUCAACCCUCUCAAGCUCAUGCGCUGACUCUUUGGGUGUAGAAGUCCAAGAUAUUGAACUUUUUACACUCGUCCCUUUAAAAGAUAUUACAAAAUCAAGAGAAGUUGUAAUAAAGGUGAAGCAGAAUUCUUUUUCUCUAUCUUUUAUAGAAGAUCUUCUUACACAGCGAGAUCAGCUUCAACUUCAAGUGCAGCGAUCAAGAGAUGCUCUGAUUGCUUACUCUCAAAAACUUGAACUCCAGCCAGAUUUAAAAAUCCCAAUUGACGAAAAAUAUGCAAUUUAAAUAUAGUGUCUCAGUGCUUCGCUGUCGGCUGCGUUGACUUCCUUCAAGUACAUAUUUAAAUUAUAGUAAUUGCCCGAGGAUGGCGCUAUCUUGCGCCAUCCUCGGGCAAUUACAAUAUAUCGGCAAGGUUUUGCCAUCUCAGAGAAGGAUAGCUAUGCUAGGUAAGCAAUUCCAGUACUGUGUUACGUCUAGUCUUGGUCCAGUUUCAGGGUUGGAUUUUACCUCAAGUGUGAAGGAGACUUGGAAUUUGGAAAUGGAACAUCCAAUCAGGUCUAUAGGCAACGCCUAGCCUAAUUGGCAAAUCUUCCAGCGCAAAAACCAGAGUUAGUACCACAUAUUUUGAGUUUUUUGUGAGCACAGCCUUGUACCCCCUCAGCCUCGAGCAACGUUACAGAAAGCCGAAGACUCUCCACUCAACACUUAAGCCGGAAGGUAAGGACAAGGCACUGUUAUCCCUGGCAAAAGGCACUGUCGUAAAGCGUUGAACCUCCUAUAUCGGAGAUCCUCAGCAGCUGCGAUAAAGCCAGGCUUGCGCAUCUGUUAAUUUAAGUUUAAGUUUAAGACUAAAAAUAUGCAAAGAAGUUAGCUAAGUUAUCAGAGGAUAACAAAAAACUUAGAUUAUUAUUAAAGACUCAAUUGGAAAAUGCAGAAAAGCUUAGAUCUGAGACUCAAAAAACAGUGGAAAAUCUUCGUCAAGAGUUUGACACUCUAGUAAAAGAACUUCUCCAGGCAAAUGAAUCAAAAAAUUUAAACCUCCCAAAGAAUAUUACAGAUAAAAAGCUGUCAGUUCCAAGAUUAAAGCUAUAA